AUGGCGGACUUGUAUCUGUUCCUCGCUGAUAAGGGUAUGUGCGAAACUGAAGAAACUCGAGUGUUUCGCCAACAUCGCGACGCUUUCACGGCACUCUCCGAAGAGGAAUUCAUCAUGAAGUUCCGGCUUUGCAAAGACGCCGUGAGAGAAGUGUGCGAAGCUGUGGCAGCGGAUUUGCAGAAACCGCAACAGUGGCGUAGCACCACGCUUCCUGUGGAACAAAGGGUGCUUAUGGCACUACGGUUCUUUGCUACGGGUGCGUUUCUGGGAAAUAUCGCAGAGGAGGAGGAUUUCCUGACAAGCAAGCGACCAGUGUCGGAGUCAAUUCAUGUCGUGAGCUCGGCCAUCAUCCAGAACUUGGCACCACGGUACCUGAAAUUCCCAGCGACCCCUGAGGAAAAGUUGAUUCUGAAGCGGCAGUUUUACGAAAUUGCAGGCAUACCUGGCUGCCUUGGUGCAAUCGAUGGAACAAUGAUUGCUAUCAUUGCACCGAGCACAAAGGACAAACGCUUUGUGGAGGGCAACUAUUAUUGCCACAAAGGAUAUCACGCACUCAAUGUGCUUGGGGUUUCAGAUUCAACACGUCGUAUUCUGUACGUGAAUGCACGGUACCCAGGUAGUUGCCACGACUCUUCUAUAUGGAGCAUGUGUGAACUGCGCCGUCAAGCACCAGAGUUAUUUAGCGACGGUGAAUGGCUUUUAGGUGACCUGGGGUAUCCACUUGAGCCAUGGCUCCUGACUCCCGUCCGGAACCCUACAACAGGUGGAGAAGAGGCAUACAAUGAAGCCCAUCGCAAGACAAGGGUGCGCGUUGAACAGUGCUUUGGUGUGCUCAAGAUGAGAUUUAGAUGUCUUCAGCGCUACAGGACCCUCCACUUCUCACCUGACCGAACAUCGAACAUUGUAACUGCAUGCACCAUCCUGCACAACAUGUGCAUUAAGCACAACGUGCCUGAACCUUCAGGUGAGGAGGAGGAGGGUAAUGAAGGCAGCAGUGCAGACAGCUCUGACAUAGACAUUCCUGACGUGCCUGAAGAGGGAUCGUUGUUAUCAAGGGGACUGUACAAGAGGAAUGAAAUUAUUAGGCAGUAUUUUUCAUCUCGUUAA